AUGAAGCGGCCAGCCGUCCGCUGCGGCGAACCGAGAUCCCCUGAAGCGCAUCUUACCGCUUUCGGCUGGGUCCUAACGGGCGAGAUGGCCAUCGAGGAGACAGUUCCGGUCGCAACGUGUGCGGUGACUGUGCUACUCACUCAGCCUGCUUACGAGCUGUCGGCGACCCUUAGGCGUCUGUGGAAGCUCGAGGAGGUUGCCGCUGAGCGCGUUCCGACUCCGGACAAGGACCGGUCGGAGGAGCAUUUCCAGAAAACGCACUUCCGGGACGCGACCGGAAGAUACGUCGUGCGACUGCCUUGCAACUUGGAUCGGCUCGGUCAGCUGGGUGAGUCGCGCUCGGCAGCGCUGUCCAUGCUGCUUGGCUCGGAGCGGCGUCUGGCGAGGAAGCCCGAGCUGAAAAAACGCUACACCGACUUUAUGGUGAAGUACCUCGCGCUGGAGCACAUGAAUCCUGUGCCGGCUGGUGCUCCCCGUCCGUCGGUGUCCUACUAUCUGUCACACCACGCGGUCUUCAAGGCUCACGAUCCCUCGGGAAAAAUACGCGUGGUCUUUAACGCGUCCUUCCAAACUUCCUCCGGCCAUUCACUAAAUGACUGUCUGUUGCCAGGUCUACGGUUGCAGUCUGACUUGUGGGUCAUACUGACCCGAUGGCGAAAAUUCCAGGUCGGAUUCAUGGCCGACAUUGUUAAAAUGUUCCGGCAGAUCCGGGUGAAUCCAGAGGACGUGGAUUUGCAGAGAAUUCUCUGGUGUGCUAGCCCUGCGGAGAGCGUUCGGGAGUUCCGCCUCCAGACAGUUACUUACGGGACGACCUCUGCCUCCUUUUUGGCUAUACGCACGCUGACGCAGUUGGCUCGGGACGAGGCUAUGCGUUUUCCGCUGGGAGCGACGGCCCUGUUGCAACAUUCCUAUGUUGACGACAUCCUGGCGGGUGGAGAUGAGCCGACUGCGGCUCGGGAGGUUCAGCUGCAAUUAGUGGCACUGCUUCAGGCUGGAGGUUUUGCGCUGGGCAAGUGGGCGGCGAAUGCGCGGAAGCUCCUCCCGCAGACGUCACCGGAGUCGACGCCGCUCCCGGCCUUCGACGAUGUGAGCGCUCUGGGGUAA